AUGCCGAAGCACAACAAUAUGGAGGUGUAUAUGGGGCGUAGAGAUUUUUUUACGUGGGUUAUGUUUGGAGAUAUUGAGGGAAAUUUUGACUUUGGUGCGGAGUCGUCGGCGAGUAAGAGCCUCCGACACCCAGGGAAUAUACGUGGAGCAGAAGUUGGGGUGCAGGACAAGACAGUAGUCGCAGUGGCCAAGAAGAGUUGGAUAGCAAGGGCGGGCGGGGGUCGCUCUUCGCUCGAAGAAGUCGUCGGCCAUCGUGCGAAUGGCGAAGACGAGGAGGAGUGGCAAAGUGAAGCGGAGGGUGAGGCGCCUUCAUCAGCCGUUAGAGGUGGUGACGAAGGGGGCGAGGCGUCUCGUGACGUCACAAACAGCUGCACUAAAACGUCCCCGCUGUCAGUACAGGAAGGGGAAUCACCGCAUCCACCGCCCCCCAGACUUCGGCUUAAGGCAGGCCUUGCAACCGAUCCUGCUCUGAGGGCUGCGGUCCCCAGUCCUGUGCUGCCCACCACCGCCCCCGGUUUGGAGUAUCUUGCUGCUCUGAACCCAGCCUUCCACUCAGCACUUCCCUCGAGCCAGUUCUUCUGUUUACCGCCUAUGCCACCUGACGGGGCUACAACAGUGCCACUACCAAGACCCAAACCCGACGCCUUAGAGUCCAGACAAGUGCCAGUGUUCAUGUGCAACCCCUGUGGAAUCCGCUUCAGUUCACUGAGUACCCUGGAGGCUCACCAAACAUACUACUGCUCCCACAGGACAGGAAGCACUACAGUUACUGGAAACACUAAGACAGCCUCACAUAAAGGGAGGGGUGACAGUGACAGUGAGGAUGGAAAAUUGUCAUCAGGCGAGACACCCCGGGGGGAUGCUGAGGCAUCUGGCAGUGAGGGUGUGCCAGAAGUAAACGGUAUGCCAAACAAGACAGUGCGAACAGGCAAACAGUACACGUGCCCCCACUGCUCCUACAGUGCCGACAAGAAGGUCAGCCUCAACCGCCAUAUGCGAAUGCAUUCUGCAUCUCCAGGACCCAGUCCAACCCCCAGCUCACUGUCAAAUGGGGGGCCAGUCCCCACACCACCUGCCGAGGUCACCGCGGCACUACUGAAUUCUCCGCACUUGGUGGACCGCUACUGCCAGGAUUGCGACAUCCGGUUUUCAUCGGUCAAGACUUUCAGGGCACACAAACUACACUACUGUAGCACCAGGCAUGUGGUGAAGUCUCAACCUCCUCCUCCACCACCUUCAACAAAGAUGUCAUCGGAGUCAGCUCCAGCGUCACCACCAGAAGUGGUGUCACGAACAUCACCCAGCUGUUCACCUCCCAGCAGGGAGCACCGCAGCCCUCCCCAGCCAUUUCUGGCACUGCCCACAAACCCUAUUCUGCUGGUACCCUGCUCACUGAUUCAGGGAGCCAGCCUUCUGACUGGGGCAGCUGCUAUGGGCCUCCCAGCCCGUGACACAGCGUGCCUGCUCCUCCCCAAUGGCACUCUCCAGCCGAUGGCUCAGGCAGUGCAUGCGCAGAUCAGGAGUAAGGAGGCAGAGGUCACGCACACAACCGAUCAGGUGAAGUCAGUAGUGCCUGCUCGGAUAGAAACCAGUAGUCGCUGCAUACCUCAUAUCGAGACCAGUGGUGAUACAUCUGCACCUCUGGACCUGAGCAUGAGGCGUUCCUCAGAAGGCAGUGGGGCUGGUGAUCUUGUAGUGGACCUGGACAGUGAUCAAGAUUCUCGAAGGACAUCUCCUGUGCCCCUACCACCUCCCCCACCCCCACUAACACAGUCCAUUACAAUGAUACAGGAUGAGGAAGAAGUGGAGGUAGAUGAGGGUGAGGACAUCGUUUGUGCACCGUCCAUUCCCUCCCUCCUCCUCUCUGCUUCCUCGACAUGUUCCAGUCCUUCUCCUCCACCACCACCUACCUCUCCAACUUUGUCUAAUUCAUCACAGUCCAACUUGAAACGGGGACCAGGAUCUGGAUCGUCAGAACUUCCAUCCAAACGACCACGGACCGAGUCUGAAAGUAACAGUCCUAGCCCCAAAUCUCAGCAGACUUCACCAAAAUCACCACGCAGAGGAACACCAAAUGGUGUCAUCAUUAUGAACAACAGUGGCAGGAAUAGCAGUUUGGAGUCUGCUACUAACAGCCAAAGGAAAGCACUGGCGGCAGCGCUCAGCCGCCAUUUGAGUCAGGUGGAGUCCACCAGUAACCUGUCCAAUUUGCUGCUUGCUGCUGUUGCUGCUUCAUCAGCACAUCAAGAUGAUGCAGGAGGCAAUGGUGCACCCCUCCUCAAGUCUCCACCUGUACCUCUCCCUUUCUCAGGGAAAGCCUCAACCAAGAACACCAUCGCAACAAAAACUCCUCAUAUUACUCCCAUAAUCCCACCUCCGUUGUUGCUACAUAACCCUCGGACUACCUCGGCAGACAUCCUGUCCUCAGCCAGCAUCCUUCCACUUCUCACAACUGAGAUGGCUCUGAGAAUGGCAACAGAAGCUGCUGCGGGAGUAGUGCCUCCUCCACCUCCACCACCUCCACCACCACAGGUGCUUGUGAAGCAAGGGGUGUCCAAAUGCCGGGAGUGCAACAUAGUAUUUUGUAAGCAUGAGAACUACAUGGCUCACAAGAAACACUACUGUUCAGCAAGACUGGAGGGUGGUGGGGAUGAUGGCAGAGUAUCCAGUCCUCAGGGAGUAGUGCCCAACUCUCCCUCAGGGUCUCCACCCCACGGGAAGGACCGUGGUAGAUCGGCUAGUCCGAGUAUAGGCGGUUCAUUGUCGGCUCAGCAGCAGCAAGGACAGUUGGGACAGAAGCCUCCAACACUUUUCCAGUUCAUCUGUGCAGCCUGUGGUAUUAAGUUCACUUCUUUUGACAACUUGACUGCACACCAGGCAUAUUACUGCCCCAAGCGGACAGAGCUGUUGGCCAAAUCUACAGCGGAGACAGUGACCGAUAAACCCCCUGUCUCAGCUCCACGCAAAUGUGUAAAGUGCAAGGUAUCAGUGCCAGUAGAUCAGUUGGCAACCCACCAAUGCUCAGGUGUGGGCGGUUCAGGUGGGUGGAAGUGUCCAUGUUGUGAUGUUGUGAGUCCAACAGCCAGUGCUGCUCAGAGACACAUGGAUUCUCACAGUGGGGUGAAGGCCUUUCGUUGUACUAUUUGUCGCUACAAGGGUAACACUCUUCGAGGCAUGAGGACGCACAUCCGCAUGCACUUUGAAAAACGCUCCACAGACUUACAGGAGGAGAACUUUAUCUCAUGCAUCAUUGGUGAUGAGGGAGUGGUUGGCAAUCAGCAGCAGCCGGUGAUUGUGCAGCCACCAGAAACUGUACUGUCUGAGCCACAGAUCACAGAAGGAGGCGACAGUGGUCGUAUAGAGAAGUUACACUUCUGUGACCUGUGCAACUACAGUUCCACUUACAAGGGCAAUGUGGUACGCCAUCACAGGUUGGUUCAUCUGCAUGUGAAGCCUGAGCAGGAGGGUUCCACUUCCCCCAUUGACAUAAAGAUGGGGAGUCCCAGGGAUGUGUCAGAGGGAGAGGGGGCUGAAGAGUGUAUGAAGCCAGAUAAUGUGACUGUGAAGGAAGAGGUACGAGCCAGAGUGUAUGUCGAUGAUGAGAGGGAGGAAGAAUAUGUUGAAGUUGAGGAGGACAUCACAAUGGCACAUUCUGUAGUGAAGACAGAACCUCUGAUCAUGGUGUCUGAAGUGGACAAUACAGGUGGCAGCUCAGUGGAUGAUAAGUCAAAACUUGAUACGUCUCAUCACCGAGAGAGAGAUGACAGUGGGCGAUUCUGCUCUAGUGAUAUGGAAGCCCGGGACCAGGUCGAGGGUGAUGCACAGAAUGUACCCACAUCAGCAGGUAACGUCAUCAAAAAGACAGGGCCCAAAUACUGCAAAUCAUGCGAUAUAUCAUUUAACUACUUGUCUACCUUCAUUGCACAUAAGAAGUUCUAUUGCUCUAGCCAUGCUGGAGAGAGCACCACUGGCAGUGCUGGCGGAAGAACUGCAGAGGCUUCAGUUCUCUGAGAUCUUCCAGUCAUCCAACAUCGCUAGUUUCUAAAGGUUUUUGUGGUACAUACAGCAAUCAGAGGUUCUCAACUCUAGUUACAUAUUAGCUGUGCAUCAUGGCUUACAUGAGGUCUAGCUACCCUAUGUUGCAGUAGCAAAUCACUAAACUGCUAACCCAGGAGAUAAAGUUGAGCCGAGAGCAACGGGGGAUUUAAAUCCCUGUUUCCAUAUGAUAAAGAUUAAUAUGGAUUGUGCAUGGAUAAUUCAACACCUUGACCCGGUUGAUGUAAUGAUACACCCCUACUUUCACUAAUUGGCACAAAAGUCAUUGUCUACAGGUUUUUAAGCUUCAGUCCUAUGAUAUAUAGGACAUUCUUUGAAAUCUCUUGUUUGUCCAGCAGUUGUCACAUAACUGCAUUUGUUCAGCUGUAUUAUGAGAUAUUCUGUACAGCUGUUAGGUAAAAUAUUGAACUCUAUUUUAUGACCCUCAUCCAUUGUUAUAUGAUAACACAUGCUAGCCACAAUUCAAAACCAUAAACAUAAGAGACUAAAGAACUGACUGGCUGGGUCAGGUAACCUAACUUAUUAGUUUGUGAAGAUUUCUGUCUUCUGGGUUGUUGCGCUUUGUGGUCUGGUCGAUGUUAACCAACGUUUCAGAGGUCAUACUGCCUCCAUCAUCAGGGCAAUGAAUAUUUGACCAAACUACACAGCGCAACAACCCAGAAGACGUAAAUCUUCAUACUCACCGCUGUGAAAACCUCAAAUCUUACUUAUUAGUUUGUACUUAUGUUUCUGAGGAUGUAUUUCGUUAUUCCUGUAUAUUGAAAGAUAGUAAUCAAGAAUUACUGAAAUCAGUAAUAUUAUUGAAUUCUGAAUGCUUUUGGCUCAAGAGCUAGAAUUAUAAGAAGUCGGGUGACUUUAAUGCAAGAAUGUUCCGCUCUCAGUUAUACAGUAGCACAUGUGAAUGUUGCUUUUGGUUAGUUGGUAGCAUUGCAGAAGUGAGAGGGAGGAAAAGAUGUUGACUCAGUGCUGCAAAUUCUGUUCACUGCAAACAUAGGUUUAUUCCAAACAUAAGUAAUUCAUGAAUAUGUUUCUCUGAAAUUUUUUUUUGGGUUUUGUUAUAAUUAAUUGCAACUGCCAAGGACGUGUCCAGAAUAUUGUCA